ACGCUCAACCCCUGGAAAUUUGUUUUUUACCACAACAACAACUUCACUCAUUUCACAAUUUCACUCAUUUUCGAGGAAGCACGUGCGACUUUCCGUUGCAAGUACCGCACGCGUGCGCGCGCGUGGUAUGGACUCUUAUUUACCACGGCGAAUUGACCAAUCAGAGCGCGAGAUUACUAACAGUUGUGGUAAAAAAGGCGAUUUUUGUUUGGGAACCAAAUUAUAAGAACGGUCCCAUAUCAAUCAGAUUUUUAACUGAAUUACAUAAAGACAGUAUGUGGCAGAAAAACAGUAUGUCAGAAAACGUUUUUCAAACAUAGCUUUUUAUUUCAAAUAACAUAACUUACGUGGUAUUUUCCAGCCAAACCAAACGAAGAGACUACAUUACCAUCGCCGAACUCUGUUUCAAGCAUUACUCAAGAGGUUCAAGAUGGCACGGCAUCAGGUGCCAAUCUCAUAGUGCAUGGUGGCGAGACAAAUGAGGCAAAUGAAACACCUAGCAACCCGACCCCGCAAAACAGAGCAAAGGGCGAAGUUAAAAAGGCAUGGACGGCAGAGGAUGAGUCGAAUUUCUUAAUCUCUUCAUUUGUUGAUGACCCUCAGGUUAUUCAUAGCUUCCACACGUGUAGAAGCCGGAGGUGCAUCUCUCUGCGCCCCACUGAAACGCGCCGCCUGGCUACGGGGGCUGCUGAUCGCUUUCAGCAUCAGUGGAUAAUGGAUGAGAAGUUGUCAUUGUCCACCGCCACUGAUGUCAACUGGCUUAUAUAUGUUGAAGGCCAGGGAAUGUUCUGCUUGCUUUGUCGAAAGCAUGGGACAUCAAACCCCCAAAACAAAAGCAAAAAAUACAGCCUCGAUCCUGCUGUGCGAUUUAAGCGAGCGGCUCUAGAGGAUCAUGCACAAUCACAACAGCACAAAGCAGCAGUCGAGGCGGAGCUACUCAGCAGAGUAUCAAGCUUUGAAGUAGCAAUCAAAGAAAUCCAAAGCAGUAAGGACGAGGUGUACUAUAAGACAUUUCUGGCCAUGUACUGGCUAGCAAAAGAAGAGAUGCCUAAUAAGAAGUUCACUAGUCUGCUGUCAGUGCUUGAGCAACUAGGUCUCGACAACAUCAAGUACUUUCAACACCGCUCUGCAGGAUCAGUCCGAGAAAUGUUCCUCCUUAUUGGCAGCGUAUUGAAAGAGCAGCUCACGACUAACUUGUCUCUCGCAAACUGCUUUGGAAUUCUCUCUGACAAGGUAUGCGAUGUUUCCAACAUAGAGCAGCUGGUAACAUUUGUAAAAUAUGUUGACCCCAAUAGUGGCAAAGCUCACACGACAUUUCUGGCCGCCAGCGACCUGUUAGAGAGUUCUACAACAGGAUCACCAGACGCCAAGUCCAUCACAGAGGCCAUUAUUUCCCAAGUCACAGAUGCUGGUCUGAAAAUGGAAAAUGUGUCAAGUUUCUCAAGCGAUGGGGCAUCCGUGAUGACAGGCCGAAGAUCCGGAGUAGCAACAAGGUUGAAAGCGGAUAACAAGGCCAUGCUUAACAUCCAUUGCAUCUGUCACCGUUUGGCCCUUGCGUGCGGAGACGCCAACGACACAGUAGAUUACAUCAAACAAGUGGAGCGUAUCCUUAUUCAACUGUGGUCUUUCUUCGAUAACUCAGCGAAGAAAACGGCGGCGUACGCGAAAUCCGUACUUGAAGUCAAGAAGAUAAAUGUCAGCGCGAAAGGCAAGAAACAAAUUGGAAAGCGGUUCAAAAAAGCCUGCAGGACAAGAUGGCUUUCAACGGAGAAGGCUAUCGAAGGGGUCUUUGAAGAUUACGAAGCAUUACUUCAGACCCUUAGAUUCUUCAAAGAGAGCAACGAUGCAACAGCAACUGGCCUUUUGAAGCAAACUUCGAAGUUGAAAUUUAUAGGAACUGUGUAUUUAUUGCAUGAGGUCCUUCCUAUCCUCGGGCAUCUGAGUAAGGCCUUCCAAGAGGGUGAAGUGUGUUUUGCUUCAAUCGCACCAGCCAUCGACUACACCAUGGAUCAGCUAGAUGAUGUCGCUAAGAACCAAACACACUUAGCCAGAAUGACGGAAGAUCUGAUCGAGGGAGGGAGACUUUCAAGGUGCGACCUGCCAGAUUUCACACCGGAGAAGAAGAGCAUGCUGCAAAGCCUAACAAGGCAAUAUGUCCAGGCACUGAAAGACAACAUCGUGAACAGGUUUUCUGGCAACCUAGAAGUCCUGACAGCCUUCAAAAUCUUUGACCCAUGCGCCGUCCCAGAGAAGACAGAUCCUGGCUUUAAGGAGUACGGGAAGAAAGAAGCAAUAGUAUUGGCCGACUUCUUUUACAAUGGAAGCAACGACCAGGCUGAAAAGAAGGACGAGUUACUGGCGGAGUGGACCAAGAUCAAAUACAACAUCUUGAGUUUAAAGAGCGAAGUCCCCCAAGACGUCAGACGUCCUUCAAAGAAGCUGACCAACCGGAAGACCCCGACAGAAUGGCUGCUUGAGCACAUGAUGGCCAUGAAAGCCACCUACCAACACAUGUGUCCAUGCCUCCUACAAAUAGUAGAGAUAUGCCUUUCUCUGCCCGUUAGCAAUGCUUGGCCAGAGCGAGGUGCCUCUGCUAUCAAGCGUCUCAAGACUCGCCUCCGAUCGUCAAUGAAAAACGACAUGCUCCAGGCCCUCAUGCACGUAACCAUCAAUGGCCCUAGUACAAGUGAGUGCAAGCCUAUCAUAGAAGAGGUGACAAGGCAGUGGUUGGCCAAGCCCAGGCGCAAAUUGGCAAAUCCUCCAUCAAAGGAUCAUCAACUGCACAAACCCACAACAACAGAUGCAGGCACUCAAGUCGACCCAAUCCCCAUGGACAUCACAGACAUCGAGCAUGUGUGGGAGACUGCCAGGGCGCUAGAGGCGGAUGUGGUUGCACUGGAGGAAGAAAUGGAGGCAACCGCAGCGCUUUUGAAGCUCCCUCCUGAUGAUCUGUUUGGCGAUUACUCAGACAGUGACUUUGAAUACAGCGACUCUGAAUGUGUCUGAUGCUUUUGACAACAGCUCAGUGAUCAUUAUUAAUUUACAGUCAGGUGUUGUGCCAUGAGUUGUUGUUCAAAACACAGCUGGAUCUUGACGUUGUUAUUUCAGAUAGUACAAUAGUGACAAAAUUUCACUCAGUGAGCUUUUGUGCCGAGGUUGUAAAAAGCACAGCUGUAUCUUGCGUAUUCCGGUAAAAUUUGGAUACAUUAUUAUUUCAUUAGUCAGGUGUUGUGCCGUGAGUUGUUGUAUAAAACACAGCUGGAUCUUGGCGUUGUUAUUUCAGAUACAAUUUCAUUUCAGAUAGUACAAUAGUGACAAAUUUUUGACAUCAAUCUUGAUAUUAGCAAUAAUGAUACCUUGUGUCCCGGGGUUGUAAAAGACAUCAGUUGAGUCAGAAAAUACUAAAGCUAUGGAACACG